UUCAGGGGAUUCUCUCAGUUUGCUCAUGGGCACGCGGGAUUCUCUCAGUCGCAUUCGAGGCCACCGGCGGCGAUGCUCCAGCCAACUCUGGGCAAUAAUCCAGCCUACACCGGGGAGGCUUCCACGGCGGCAGCCCAUCCGACUGGACCGGUACGGGAGUGCACUAUUUGCAAAAUGCCCACAGCAGGGCUCUGGACCGCGACGACUGUGCAAGGUACUACACGGGUGGGAACCCCGCUGCCCCUGUGCGACGCUUGCCACAGCAAAAUCUUCAGCUGGGACAGGCCUCUACAGCAUCUGCACCAAUAUCUUGCCACCACAGCUGUGGGUCGCGGCGCUGGGUCGAUACAUUCGUUUCUUACAGCUAUCGGUCGCGCCGGCGGGUCGGAUCAGGGGGACUUCGUUCUGGCGAUGAGGUUGCUCCCGCAGCCGCCGGGCGAUCCAGCCGGUGGGAGUGUGCCCUUCUUCGGCAUCGGCGUGCCGAGCGGCUACGUUUUCUUCUCCGGCGGCCAGAACCAGAUCGCCAGUUCCGACGGGCUGGCGCCGGCACCGCCACAGUCUGCAAUGAGCCCAUGGUGCGUUGUUUGCAACAAUGCCGCGGGGGCGCUUUGGGACUGGCUGCCCAUCUGCAAGGCUUGCUACCACAGGGCUCGCUACAACAGGGAGUUCUACAGGGCUCGCAUGCAGAUCGGCAACGCCAGUGCGGCCCUGGCUCAGGCCCAGGCUCAGGCUCAGGCUCUGGCUCUGAAGGAUCGGGCUUAUCAGGCUAUGGCUCAGCAGGCUCUGGGUCAGAAGGCUCAGAAGGCUCAGGCUCAGGGUAUUGCCAUUGAUCAGCAGCGGCCAUUGAUCACGCUCUACCCCCGCCACGCCCCGCGACCAAGUGGAUGCCGUUAUUGCGGAUAUCGUUAUUGCGAGCAGACCACGUGCGAGACUUGCUGUAGAUUGAUGGAACUAUAAACUUGAGUAGAUCCAUCGAUGAAACUAUAAACUUGAGUAGAUCGACGGAACUAUAUAUAUACUUGUAGGACUUGAUUCCUUGCCACUUAGUAGAUGAAACUAUACUUGCUGUGGA